AUGGCCGCAGCAGGGUCCCAGCAGCUCCAGUUCGCCGAGGGCGCUGCUUUCCCCGCCUUCCCGGCCGCGCACCCCGGAGGGCCGCUGCUCCCGGCCGCGCGCCCCGCCGCCGGGCUGCCCUCUGCGCCCCCGGACCCCCGCGCCCCAGCGGCCACGCCGUGCUUUCCAAGCCCAAGUCCUGGACCCGCAGCUCAGACCCCAGCUGGCCUGGAUCCGCCCGGGCCCCCUAAAGGCGCGGCCGCCCCGUCGGCGCCGCAGCGCCGCAAGCGCACGUCGUUCAGCUCGGAGCAGCUGCAGCUGCUGGAGCUCGUCUUCCGCCAGACCAUGUACCCCGACAUCCACUUGCGGGAGCGCCUGGCAGCGCUCACGCUGCUCCCCGAGUCCAGGAUCCAGGUGUGGUUCCAGAACAGAAGGGCCAAAUCCAGGCGCCAGAGUGGGAAGUCAUUUCAGCCCUUAUCAAGGCGGGAAGUUUUCCUCCAUCGCUCUGCUCCUGGGACUGAAGCGAGAUGUUUGAAGCCCGACCUGCCUCUGGAGGCAGGUGUGAACUGCCCUCCUGAUCCCAGCAGGGCUGGCGGAGGCAUCUGUGCAUCUGGUCCUCAAGGUCAGAAUUUUGAAACCUAUUCACCUCUCUCCGAAGAUGCCGGCUCAAAGUUGGACUCAUGGGAGGAGUACAUCUUUUCUGCCCUAGGUAGUUUUUGAGGAUUCUGGGAGCGUUCAGGAUGCAGAGGGGUCCGGGAGAUGCGAACCAGAACACUGCCCUGACUCCUGACUGUCCGUGGCCUUGUUGUGGGAUGGUGGUCCUGGAGCAUGUCUCACAUGAAGGUUUCUCCUCUUCGCCACUGAGCCUUUACCUGAGGCAUUUUCUGUAGCUGUCCAUCCUUCCACCCAGGAGUUCCUGGGAGUCUCCGAGUCUGCACAUUCCAUCUGGUCCAUACCCCUUGGACUAUUCUUAUUUUUCAGACUGAUUGUUGAGAAUUUGUUUUCUUCCUAAGAAACCUUCAGCUUGACUCAGUUUCCCCCUUUUCUUGGCAGCUGCUGUCUUCUCAUGGUGCCUCCAGGACCUACAAUCUAGUCACUUGCUGUAACCCACAUCCUCAACUCUAACCUUAUCACCAAGAU